CCUGGGUGUGGCUCUCGGCUGCAGCGGGCUGGCGGCACAGAGUACGGGUGCGGUUUAGGUAGCGGGAUGCGGAGAUCCGGCCGGUCCGGGUGAUAUCAAAGUGGACAGAGGAACUUCUCUUGUCCUCCAUUUGUACAGGAAUCAGAAGAUGUCUACAGCUCCUGGUCUACAGACUCUGUGGCUGAGCAAAGUUGGCAGUGAGGGUGAAGAGCCCCAGACACUGCACUCUAAAGAGACUUCUACAGACGGAGACCUCUUAACCUCGGAGUCCUUGCGCAGGCAUUCUAAAGAUGAUAGACAGCUUCUGUUCCUUGAGGAAACAUCGCACCAGGGCAAUGAUGAAUCCCCACGGCUGUCUGCCGCAUCCUCAAGCAGCAAUGAAAAGCUCUCCAUCUCAGCUUCAAUCUGCAGUGAUUCUGAUAGGCCCUUGAGUCUCUUCUCAACAGAGUCCACAGGCUCUUUACGUGAAGGCUGUGAUUCCUAUGAAGAUAACAGCGACGUACCGCUGGGAAACGGAACAGUGGUUCACAACAUGGAACUGGUGGCCACUGCAGCAGAGAGCCUGCAGGCCACCUACAGGGAGAUGCAGAACGGUCUGAGGAACAACCACACACCUAACAAUAAUUCUGCCAAUCGACGCAGCCACCAGGCGUCUAGGUCCCUUUCUCCAUUUGGUAACAAGGUCAAUGCCAUUACUCACAAACUCAGCUAUGUGGAACGGGUGGUUCUGGAGAUCAAUGACACAGAAAGAAUGUAUGUCCAGGAUCUGCGCAGCAUUGUGGAGGAUUACCUGGGAGCAAUCAUAGACAGACAGGAAGAGCUGCCUAUAACCCCAGAGCAAGUCUGUGCUCUCUUUGGAAACAUUGAGGACAUUUAUGAACUGAACAGUGAGCUGCUCCAGGACCUGGAUAAUUGCAGGAAUGACCCCGUGGCCGUGGCCAGCUGCUUUGUCGAAAAGAGUCAGGACUUUGACAUCUACACCCAGUACUGCACCAACUAUCCCAACUCCGUGGCCACCUUGACGGAGUGCAUGAGGAAUAAAACCCUGGCCAAGUUCUUUCGAGAGAAGCAGGAGAUGCUGAACCAAUCCCUUCCACUCGGCUCCUACCUCCUAAAGCCAGUGCAGAGAAUACUGAAGUAUCACCUCCUAUUGCAGGAAAUAGCAAAACAUCUUGAUGUGAAGGUGGAAGGGUAUGAGGUGCUGGAGGAGGCUAUUGAAACCAUGACGGGAGUAGCCUGGUACAUUAACGACAUGAAAAGAAAGCACGAACAUGCUGUGCGGCAGCAGGAGAUCCAGUCUUUGCUGUUGAACUGGAAAGGUAUAGAUCUCACUGCAUAUGGAGAACUUGUGCUGGAGGGAACAUUUCGGCUCCAGCGAGCACGGAGUGAGAGGACAUUUUUCCUUUUCGAUAAGGCCCUGUUUAUCACCAAGAGACGUGGGGAUCACUAUGUCUACAAAACUCAUAUCCCGUGUUCAAGCUUGAUGCUGAUUGAGAGUGCCCGUGACUCCCUCUGCUUUAGUGUGACCCAUUACAAGAACAGCAAACAGCAGCAUAAUGUGCAGGCCAAAACAGUUGAAGAGAAACAUGUGUGGACCCAUCAUAUAAAGAAACUCAUACUAGAGAACCACCAUGCAAUCAUUCCCCAAAAGGCGAAGGAGGCAAUACUGGAAAUGGAUAACAUGUAUAAAGGAAGGUACAAAUACAGCCCAGAGAGGCAAAAGAAGACCAUGUCUGCCAUUGAGCCCUCCAUGACACACCGGUCAGGACGCAGACAGUCUGAGCCCUCCAAAGACAUACUAAAGCAGCUGAAUGACAAAGCAGGAUUAAAGCAUGCAGGCAGUGAUGGAGAUCUUCAGGAAUUUGGGGACAUUCCACAGCCUUGUAUUGGCAGCUUGGGCACCAGCCUUGAGCAGCCAGAGGCUGAGGGAGACAAGGAGCGUCCUGUCAGCACACAGCUGAGUAGAAGCUCAGUGGCAGAGCUCAGUGCCUCUGAUGAGGAUGAGGAGGAGAUACAGUUGGGAGAUGAUGAUAAUGAUGAUGAUGAUGAGCAGACUAAAGAUCCGGUGGAGGAAGAGGCACCAAAGGGCUGCAAGAGACAAAACAGCCAGUCAUCUGGGAAUGCAGAGAAGAGGAGGAGUGUGGAGGUCACAUCUGGGCACCAGGAGUCUGUAUAUAAAAUGGAUAAGGAGAAUUCAGAGCCAGAAGAGAUCUACAAGGCUGUGGUCGUCAGCUCUUCUGAGGAUGAACAAGCUGUUCUGUUGGAAAUCACAGAUGACACAGAGCCAGCAAAAGAUGAUAGUGCAGCUCACCCAGAAGUCCUUGAGCCUGUGGAGAAUGAAGAAGCUGAAAGUACAGAAGACUCAAAGACUUUCAGCAGCGAAGAAGAGGAAGAGGAGACACCAACCCAUGAAUCAACAAGUAUCCUACCUCCUUCUGUUCUGGACCAGGCCAGUGUUAUUGCUGAGAGGUUUAUAAGCAGCAUGUCCAGGAGGAGUAGCAUGGCUCUAGAUGAUGGGAAAGUCAUAGGCUACAUCACCCCCAGAUUAACCAGCCGCUGCAGUAGUUUGAUCAAUCUGGAAUCUACAGAUACUAUUAUUUAUCAGAACGGUUCAAGCGACUUCCAGGACUUCUCAGAAGUUUGUGGUGACACUGGAGUAGACAUUCUUGACACCACUUUUAGUAAGGUGAACUCUGCCAGUAUGGAGAAUGUGUUUGAGGAAAGAGAAAGGCCCACAUGUAAGAGAAGAGACUCUAUUCUAUCCAUGCAAGAUAGACAACUCAUUGAUAAAAUCAGAACUUACUAUGACGAUGCAGAAAAUCGGGAUGCAUCCUUUAGCAUUAAGCGCAGAGAGAGCUUGAACUAUAUUCCCACUGGACUUGUUAGAAACUCUGUAUUUAAGAUUAACAGCCUGCCCAGAUUUGAUACUACCCAGAGUUCUCUAUCGAGGCAGAGAAUGUCCAGUUCAUCUAGUAAUACCAGCGGUGUGAACAGUAGACAUGCUUCCUUGACAGAUACAAGGUCUAAUGCAAGAGAAUCAGAGCAGUUAGAGACGCAAACUGAACUGCUUUUGGAAACAGCCACAAAUGGCACUUCUGACCAUUCAGCCCCGAUUACUGAUGAGGAGUUCCGGACACCAGAUGAAAUGAUUAAAGUCUGGGAUGAGUUUGAAAAGGUAAAUGCUUGGAAAGAGGCCUCAGAUAUUUUAGAAGCCAAAAAAGAUGUCAAACCAGACUCUGUGGGUGAAAGUACAGCACACUGUGCCCUGGAGAAUGGCUUGGAAUCUCACGAACCACUGCUCAUAUUGGAAGACAGCGAUCUGAGUACUAUAACAGAGGAAUCGCCUCUUCCUACACCGGAAAGCACAUCUCCUAAACAGUUUGGCUGUGUUCCCAAUAACACAAGUUUUAGUGAGUACAAAACGCCUGUGAAGCUACACUCCAAGAUAAUGCAAAUGGCCAGCUGCAUGGAUGAAGACAUGUCGGAGAAGAUGAAGAACAAGGUGUACCAGCUGGCCAGGCAGUACAGUCAGAGGAUCAAAUGCAACAAGCCAGUGUCCCAAAGGCAGCUAAAGGAGAUAGAGGAGGAUUUCAGAAGGAACAGCCUGCCUGCUGUGCAAGAGGAAAAACUGGAUAAGAAAGAGAAACGCAAGCCAAUACUGUCACUCCCCACAUACGACAGCGUUAUACUCCAGGAGCAUGGCCCUACAACCCCAACAUCGGCCCUGAGCAGAGACACAGCUCCAAAGCAUCUUUCCUUUUCGCCAUCCUGUGACAGCCCACGGGCUCUUUCCCCAGAGAGAGCUGACUGCAGGAGCCCUCUGAGUCCAGUCAAGGCAGAGAGAUUUCACUGGCCUGACGUCCGAGAACUGAGAUCUAGGUACACAAGUGCAGCCAGCUCUAGCAAGGCUCCUCCCGUCAACAGGAGCCAGUCUGUGCCAGAAAGAAUAACUGUGCCCAAUUUGAGGGGGCAUUCUGACACACAAAGUAAGGGUUGCUUGAUUCACUCUCACAGCAUGAACGUGAAACACACAGAAAAUGUCAAUGGCAGCGCUGAGGACUCGGCACAGAAUAACAAAGCACAGGUAGAAACUGAGCCGCCUUUGCCAGUGUCACCCAGUCUAAAAGGUAAAACUGAUUCACUACUUGGCUCUGCAAAGCCUGGCUAUUACAUCAGUGCAGAGGCUCCUUUGGAAAAUAACAAGAAAGUUAUCGUUAUGGAAAAAAUUCCUGCUGCCACAGACUCUAAUGGCUCCCAUGAUGUGGAAAGCGAUGACACUUACGUACAAAUCCGAUCCCCCACAAGCAGAGAGAAGAUCUCUCUCAAAGCCGUGAUUGAGCGCUGCAAAGCCUACCAGGAGUCCGAGGAGUACCGGUCCAGGGAAGUAGCCUCCAAGGAUGGGGAAACCACUGAAUGCACUGAAUCUGUUCCCCAUGAAGAGCCCAAUCUGGAGAGGCACGUGGCACCAAGCUGCGAUGUCAACCAGCAGAACCGAGUCAAGAACUUGAGAGAAAAGUUUCAGACUAAGCACAACUCAAGUAGUUUGAAACAAUCGGAAGUUCACUGAUCUGUAUGGAACUUUUCCAUGGAUAUUCAGCCCUGGUGUAAUGUUCUGUGAAGAACCCAAUUCCCUUCUAGCCACUACCUACUCUGUAGGGCUGCUUCCUGGCAUCACUUCAGUUAUCAUAGCAGCACUUUAUAUAUUAUGGAUUUUAACCUCUUCCUCUGGGGACCAUAAUACCUUGUCAUUUCACUAGCUAGGUGACAGACAGCAAGAGACUGCCUACAAUUGGUAUUGCUACAUUCCUAAUUUGUGGGGUUGUUUUUUUUUUUUUAAUAUUUUUUAAUGACUGAAUUUAAUCCUUAUCUGUUUUACUGAUCCCCAGCACCUCAUAUGUACAACAGGAGGCAACUGAAAUGUGGGGGCUUCUCGUCGGUGCUUACAGGGGGCCUGAGAGUCUGUGAUUUUUGUUUUCUAUUUAUUAUUUUGUGGUCAUUUAGAUUUUAAUAUUUGAGGAAAUUGGAGGUCCCUGUGUUAUGGAUUUGUAAUUAUUUCUCUGUAAUGUAAAUACAAGUCACUCUAUAAAACUUUGCAGUAAACUA